AUGGGAGUAUUUGAACUAAGAGCUGAGAAAAUGGAGGAAGAGGAGACUAAUGUGGAAAUGAAUGAAGAUACUAAUGACCUUACGUGGGAACAGUUUCAAAACUUUUUGAUUGAAGAGGCGAAACAAGCAUUUAAGGCAGCCUGUGAAAAUGUACUGAGAAACGCCUGCAAGAAUAUGAUGAGAAGUUUACAGAAUAUACCUCUAGAAGGGAAAGAUGAAAUAUUGCAGGAAAUGAAAAAGAUACCAACAAAAGACAAAGGUUUAAAGAAAGCUUUAAGGACUUUUAAAGCAUUUAAACAACUAAGGAAAAAGGUGAUCGAUGGUGUAAGAGAUUUUUUGGAAGAGGAAGUGCAAGAGUACAAGGACUUACGGCAUCUUGAAGAGGAAGGGGAAAUCGAGAUAAAAAAGAGCUGGAAGUCUGCAAUGGCUUCUGCAGAAUCUGAUUCUGGUGAAGAGUUUAGUGAGAAGGAGAGUGACAGUGAUGAUUUUGAUUCUGACUCGAGUGAGGUGAGUGACUGUUUUCUAGAAGAUAUGUCCUCACUCCUGGACCAGCUCAAGGAACCUAAUGAUAUUAAAAGCUGUGAUAACUUUUAUGAACUUGUGGAUACAGAAGAUGGAAGUUCUGCAGCUUGUAAGGAAAAUUCAAAAAUGCCUGAAGACAACUGCAGCUACCAGGACCCAGAACUAAGAAAAAGUCGAAAAUUUCUGGAUCGUUUAUCAGUGCAUGUUUUUGCAUCUUUAUCAAAAGCUAAGUAUUCCAGCAUACUGAACGACUUUGUAGAAUCUGAGUUUUUUGUAAUUGAUGGAGAUUCACUACUUAUCAGAUGUUUAUGUACCCCAAGACCAUUCCUGUCCUUUAUUUACACUGUAGAAUGUUUUCUGAAUGAUUUUAUUCAAAAAGGAGCAAGAUUUAUAAUUGUAUUCUUCAAGGAUGUGGAGCAGAUGUAUUUUGGUCAACCUUAUUUACUGUUCUUACGUACUAUGCUAAUUCAACACUUGGAACGCAACACUGACAUUAUUCUUCAUACGGAUUUUUCUAAUUGUUUGUCGCCAGAAUGGCACAUUUUCAUCAAGGAAAACUAUCCAUAUUUUAUGGUCAUUUCUGAUAUGGGACUGACAUCCAUACAGACAGACUAUCUGAACAUAUUCCUCAGCCUUUCAUUGUCAAAGAAAAUCAAUGUGGUACUUGUAUCAGGAGAGAAUUCAGACAUUCUUAGAAUUCAUGCUUAUCACGUUCAAAGCAUGUAUAGACACAGAGGAUUUUUCUUAACGUAUGAAAAGGAUAUUCUGCAUGCUUGGGAAACUAUGCUCAAACAUUUAACAAAACUCCAGGACAUGGAACUAUUCCUGUACAAACAUCUGAAGUUCAACGUAAGAAUGAUGCAUAAGGAGGUCUGUCAGGCUAUAUCAUUGCUUAAGGAUUUGUGGCCAGAAGGAUCGGACCUUAGACGUGCUUUCUGCGUUCUUACGUGCGCAGUGGGAAUGAAAAUUUACAAGAGCAUGUUAGAGAAAGCAAAGACAACUGAUGAAAUAAAAGGAGAACAAAUGGAACAGAGGAAUGAAAAGGACAUAAUAAAAGAGUUAACAAUGGAAGAAGCAGCAGAUCUUUGUAGAAUUCAGUGCCUCAGUGUGGCUUUUCUUUGUAACUUGCCACUUUCACAGCGAGCUCAAAUUAGAACCAUCAAGUCCCGCUGGACUGUACAGGCCUUCCCAUUUAUAGAGAUGCUACAACGAUGUGACUACCUUGUUCUGAAACAUCUGAAUACUGUGAAUGACUGGAAAUUGGAUUUCACGUAUCUGCCAGACUUGCGAGACAUCUUUCUGUGGAAGAAUCUUGUGCAUUACUAUGAAUCAGAAUACUGUGCAGGCUUAAAGUUAGAAAUGGGAAAAGAAAUUAAGAAUGAUUAUGAACAUCUGUGGAAUACUGCAACCACAAUAGUUGGCCUGUGUGAUCUUGGGGAUGCUUUUCCAGUGCGAAACACCUCAAACCUCUUCCUUCAACAGAGUGAAGUCACAGUUAAAGAUGUUCCCAGGUUUGGCCUAAUUCCAGUUAAAUCCGACAUAGUGGAAGACUACGCUGGAGCCAUUUUGAAAGAUCUAAGCUUUUUAAGCAGCGACGAGUCUGCAGUAAUGUUGCUUCCUAAACACAAAGAAUUUGAUGAACUUUAUCACUGGCAUUCAGGCAGACCUCUUAGUGAUGACUAUGACAGAACACAAAACAGUUUUAAUACCAAAACUAAUGAUCCAUAUCAAAGAAAACAAGCACAAAAGCUUCAGUCUUAUUAUCAGCUUUAUGGAAGAUCAUUGGAAGGUAACAAAUCACAAACAAUUAUAAACCUGGAGGAUGUGUGUACCAAUGCUGCUGUCAAAAAGCCAAAGAAAUCACAAAGAAGUAGUAAAGCAGAGAAAAUUGUAGAGGACAACAGGAAGAGACGAAAAGCUCAACAAGAAAAGAAAGAAGAUGAUCAAUGGCAUACCUUAGAAAAAUCAAUUGAAAAAGACAUUAAAACAAACUUUACGUCUGGAAUGAAGAGAUUUGAGAAGUUUCUGAAUACAUGUCAGAGUAAUUCAGUGAAAUUUAUUGCAGAAAUGGCAGGACUUAAUUUCUGCUUAGAAGUGUGGAAGGAACAUUGCAAAAGUCAAGGUAAAGGAGCUAAAGAUUUCAACAUAGCUGUCCAAGUGAUGAAAAGGAUUCAUAUGAUUUUGGACAAACACCAAGAAUUCUUAGAGAAGUCACAUUUAAAGGCAUUAGCCAGAAGUCUACAAUGCCUUGGGUUUGAAAAGCUGGCUACUUCUUUAAACAGCCAGGUAAACACUGAUUCUGCAGUGCAUUGAAAAUAUCUUGCCAAGUAUUCAUUAGGAAUUGGAGCAGCUCGAUUUCAGCUGCAGUAUAUGGGUCACUACUUGUUCAGAGAUGAGAGGACGGAUCCAGAUCUCAGAGUACGACAUUUUAUACCGGACACAUGGCAGCGAGAGCUUUUGGAUGUGGUAGACAAUAAUGAGUCUGCAGUCAUUGUUGCGCCUACUUCAUCAGGAAAAACCUACGCAUCCUACUAUUGCAUGGAGAAAAUCUUAAGAGAGAGCAAUGAUGGAGUAGUUGUGUAUGUGUCUCCCACAAAGGCUCUUGUAAACCAAGUGGCAGCAACAGUACAGAAUCGCUUUUCUAAAAAAAUGCCUGAUGGAUUCGUGGUGUGUGGCGUAUUUACAAGGGAUUAUCGCCAUGAUGCCUUGAAUUGCCAGAUACUAGUGACAGUACCUCAGUGUUUGGAAAUCUUGAUGCUCUCCCCUCAUCGCCAAGCAUGGGUAAAAAGGAUCAAAUACAUUAUAUUUGAUGAGGUCCAUUGCCUUGGUGGAGAAAUUGGAGCAGACGUUUGGGAACACCUUCUGGUUAUGAUUCGAAGUCCAUUUUUAGCUCUUUCUGCCACCAUUAGUAAUCCUAAACAUCUUACUGAAUGGUUACAGUCAGUCAAAAAUUAUUGGCAAGAGACUGAGAGUGCAAUGGAUGAAAGUACUACUUCUGCAAGUUUCACAAGGUGCACUAGGAAGCUGCAAAAACAACUGGCAGAGAAGAAAUCAUAUCGAGUUAGAUUAGUGCUGUAUGGAGAGAGAUACAAUGAUUUAGAAAAGCAUGUUUGCUCCCUGAAGGAUAAUGAUGUCGUGUUAGAUCACUAUCACCCAUGUGCUGCAUUAACAGUCAAACACAUUGAGAAAUAUGGAAUUCCUUUGGACAUUGCUUUUUCUCCACGAGAGAGCAUCCAGCUGUUUGAUGCAAUGCUAAAUAAUUGGCCAGAAUGGCCCAGAGCACAUGAAUUGGAGCCUGAGGAAUAUAUUUGCUUCAAGAACAAAAUAACAAUUAAAAAGGCAGAUGCAAGGAAAUAUGAACAAGAUCUAAAGGAUGAGCUAUCUGGCUGGAUUGCUCUUGGGCAAAAGGAUAAGCUGAACCAUGUUCUGGAAUCCCUUAAACCGUCUCCUACUGAUUCUUCGGAACAUGAGAAGUACAUGAGAUUUCCACUCUUGGUAGACAAACUGAAUGCAAUGGACAAAUUGCCUGCCAUAUUUUUCAUGUUUAACAUUCAUACAGUAGAACAAGCUGCUUGGAAUGUAUUCUGCAACUUGCAAAAAAAGAAUAAACAAAGCAGUGAGCAGAAUCCGAAAAUUAAAAAAGAAAUUGAAAGUUUAAGAAAUAAGCGAAGUAAGAUGAAGAAAAAGAUACAGAUAAUUAUGUCUCUUGACCCAAAAAAGCAGACAAUAUCUAAAGUGGAAAAUGUUAUUGCUACUCUUACUGAAUAUACUGCCUUGAAGAAAAGGCUUUCAAAAUUAACCAAAGUCCCUCCAGACUGCAGCUAUGCAAACCAAAGAGCUAUGGAUGAAAAGACUUUGGGAAGGUUACUUUUUCGAUUACGGAGAGAGAGCAGAAGUUCAAAUCAAGCAAUGUUGGCAAAGAGGGGCAUUGGAUACCAUCAUUCUUCUAUGUCAUCCAAACAACGGCAAUUUGUGGAAAUGUUAUUCAGAAUGGGAUAUAUUCAGGUUGUUACAGCAACUUCAACACUGGCAUUAGGCAUUAAUAUGCCAUGUAAAUCUGUUGUUUUUGUGGAAGAUUCUGUCUAUCUAGAUGCUUUGAACUACAGGCAGAUGUCUGGACGUGCUGGAAGACGUGGACAAGAUGUGAUAGGAAAUGUGUAUUUUUACGGCAUCCCUCUGCCCAAGGUUCAAAAAUUGAUGAAAUCCAAUGUACCUGAACUUAAAGGCCAGUUCCCUUUGAGCAUCACCCUGGUACUGAGACUCAUGCUGCUGGCUGCAAAGGCUGAUGAUAAAGCAGAUGCCAAAGCAAAGGUAUUGUCAGUGUUGAACCAUUCACUGUUAUCAUUCAGUCAGCAAAGGAACAAGGACAUGUUGAAAAUAUACUUUAUCUUUUCCUUCCAAUUUCUUCUCAAGGAGGGCUAUUUGGACCAAGAAGGUAAGCCUAUAGGGUAUGCUGGACUUGUCAGUCAUCUUCACUAUCAUGAACCUUCAAAUUUUGCCCUGGUUGACUUUCUCACCAAAGGUUUACUGCACAAGUUAUGCCAGCCAAUUAUGAAAGGGUCACCUAUAUUUUCUGAAGAUGUAAUGGAAAAAUUAGUGCUGGUGCUUGCACACCUCUUUGGAAGGAGACAUCUACCAGCCUGCUACAUAAAAUAUAAGAAAACAUUUUCCCAGUCAAAGGUGUUUCUGGAGGAUCUUCCUGAAGAAUUUGCUGCUGCAGUAAAAGCAUAUAACAGUAAAGUAGAAAAUAACUUUGGAUGUUUUCUUCUCACUGCUGCCAAACUGGCUGACAUGGAACAAGAAUACCACCUUCCAUUGUCAAAACUAGAUUUUGCAGGUAGAACCUAUGAAGAUUCUGAUCUGGCAUCUCAUUUAAUUAAGAGCACUAAAAGAAUAACUGCAAUCUCACCUUUUGCAUGCCUGUCUGGAAUGGUGGACCAAGAUUUGUUCAGAAUUCACAAUGUCAACAAGGCUGUAUUAAGGACUGUUGGUGUUGAUGCUAGUAAUGCUCCUGUGCUUUGGAUUGAGAAAUAUGAUAAUAUUGGAAGAAAAAUGCCACUCAAUGCUUAUGCCCUUGAUUUCUAUAAGCAUGGCUCCUUGAAUACACUGCUCGAAGACAACGGAUUAAAUAGAGGAGACGCCUACAACAUGCUUCGGGAUUUUUUACUCACCAUCAAAGCAAUAGAGGCUUCUCUGUGUGAACUGUGUGAAGAUGAGAAUGACAAUCUUGUGCUGGCUUUUAAACAACUGGAAAAAAACUACAAAGCAAAACUGGAUAAAGUAUAAAUGUUCCUGCAAAAUGACAUUGUCCGAUGUUAAGAAUCCUACACCCACACAUACAACUGUUAAUUUCAUGUGUGUGUAUAACAUUCAGACCUUCACUGUCUCCUCAGACCACAGGCCAAUUGGCCUCUGAUCCAUGGUUCUUGGGCCUCUUCAUCCCGCUUGCCUCAAUGCCAAACC